UUCACUCAAGCGCAGUGUCGCCACAAACUAGGUUAGGAGUGCACGUGUUUCUGCUCUUAUUAAAUUUAGUAUUGUUUAAACAGUCUGUGAUAGUGAUUCGUUGAAAAUGAAGCCUGUGAAUCUUAUGGAAGUGGACUGUGAUGGUUUCAAGCGGUUCAUCGAUUCGUUCGAUCACGUGUUCUCAGAUUGUGACGGCGUAAUAUGGUCAAAGGAGCCCAUGCCGGGUGCUGGAAAAUUCUUCGAUCUGAUGAAAAGUCUUGGGAAAACCGUGCAUUUUGUGUCAAACAACAGUUUACGGAGUAGACAAAAUUACGAAGUCCAGUUCAAAGCUGCCGGUAUAGAAAAUGGUUUUGAAAACCUUACAAUACCAUCAACAGCGAUAGCGGAGUAUUUAAAGUCAGUGAACUUUAAAAAAUCUGUGUAUUGUGUGUCCUGCCCAGAAACAAUUUCAGUUCUAGAGUCACAUGGAUUUAAAUGUAAAGAGGGCCCAGACCUUGCCGCGGACUAUUAUGCGGACUUCCUGCAGUACCUUGAAGAUGACAUGGAGAUAGGUGCCGUGGUGUUCGACAGUGAUUUCAAAGUGAACAUGCCAAAGAUGUACAAAGCCAUCACGUACCUGCGGAGGUCAGAUGUUAUCUUCAUAAGCGGGGCUACGGAUAGAUACGUACCACUGAAACCUGGAGUCUUGUCAUUAGGCACUGGGAUAUUCACGGACAUAGUGCGAGAGGAGUCAAAACGGAAUCCAAUACAGCUGGGGAAACCGGGUCGGGUGUUCGGCGAAUUCGCAAUGAAACGCGCUAACGUCAGCGAUCCGUCGCGAGUCCUUUUUAUUGGAGAUAUGAUUGAACAAGAUGUCGGUCUCGGUAAAGCUGUCGGCUUCAAGACGCUUCUGGUUUUAACUAACAACACAAAAGAGCAAAUGCUAGAUCACCAAAUACAACCAGAUUAUUAUGCAGAUUCGUUAGGCAGUUUAGUACCUGUAAUAAAGGAUAAAGCAUUUUGAUUACUGCAUUUCUUAAGCUUUAGAUGGCUUUAACUGAGACUAGUAAAGUUACAUAGUAAUAUGAAAGCCUCCU